GAGGAUAUGUUUAAAAUUGAUUUGAGAGAGAGAGGGAAACAUUGACUGGUUGCCUCCUGUUUACCUGGGGAUUGAACCUGCAACUUAGGUAUGUGCCCUAACAGGGAAUUAUACCCACACCUUUCGGUGUGGGUACCAACUGAGCCACCCAGCCAGGGCAGGGAGAGACCUUUCACUGUGUCAUUUAAAAGUAAAGUUAUAAUGAAGCAUUAAAAUUGUAAUUUCAAACACAGGGUACAGAGCCUGUUGCUAGAUUAGUAAGACUCGGGGGGUGGGAAGAAUACUUCCGUGUGUCUCUGAAAAGCGCGGACACUCGAGGGGGAACGGGCGGUGACGUUCCUCAAGGGACACCCUUUCGUGCCUUUUGACUUGUGUCCUAAUUAUAAGAAAAAUUAAGAAGCACCGUUCACCCAGAAUUUAAAAGGUGAAACAUUGUCAAAGUUACUAUCCAUGUGCGAGACUCCUCUUUCUAAAGCACCUACUGUGUGUCAGAGGGCUGUGCCGACUGUCGCCAUGACUACCGACAAGUUCCUGGUACAGAAAGCACCUUAUCCCCAUUUGAGAUGGUGGCAAACUCGUCCGAGGCCACAUAAUUAGUCAGUGGCACAGCCGGGGCUGAGCCCAGGACUCACUCUUGCCCGGAAGGGGCUGGAGGAACUGAAACAAGGGUCCCUGUCCCCCACCCUCUCGGGCUCCGGGGGCCCAGGCGAGGGCUGGCCCUGUGGUUGUGAGGCCAGGCUGCUCUGGGCGAUCAGGGAGGCCCUCCCAGGGUUAUGUCGGGAGACUCCAAGGUGCAACCAGGGACCUCAGGCCUGGGGUUGGGGAGGCUGAUGGGUGAACACUGGGUCUCGGGGCAUCUCUGGAGCACCCACAGGGGUGGCUGCCCCUGGCUGCGAAGGAGACAUGUGCCACCCUGGGGACACCCAGAUGCUGGGCUCUAACCCAGAAGCAGAUCUGCUGCUGGGCCUCAAUCUCACAGCUUCCUUUGAUCUGAACCCGGGCUAUGGUCCUAUUUGUCCCCCCACCCCCCCAUGGAGUCUGCUGGGUGACCUCUGACCCCCAUGUUCCCUCAUGGCCCUCCCCUCGCAGCCUGGACUCUGGUUGGGGUCAAAUACUGGCCUGUUAGGAGCAGGAGGGCAGUGGUGGACAUGGCGCCUGUAGGCAGAGUGUCCCCCAGGCUGACCGGCCCACUGCCCUUCAUGGACCCUUCAGCUCUGGGCUCAGGGCCAGAACCAAAUUGGUCCUCAAUUAGGGCCUCCCCAUGACUUUGCCCCCCAUGACUUUGCCUCCCUUUCCUCCCUCUGGAUGGAGGAUCUGAUUCCAGGGUCAAUGGACCACCUCCAGCCACCAGACCUGGGCGAGUUGGGCCAGACACAGGAAAACUCUUCCACUGGCCUCAAUCCACAUUCAGGCCGAGGAAGCCUCAGGAAGGGGGGGUGGUGCUGCCCCCUGCCCCCGCCCGGACCCCCCACCUGCACUGGGGUACUUGGCUGGGCUUCAGGGGCCGGCGGGACCUGGCUGGAGAUCGCUUGGGGGAGUGGAAAGCGCUGUGGGCUGGGAAGCUCAGACCUGACUUUGUGCAGGCAUCCGUCAUGAACUGUGUGACCCUGAGGAUGUUGUGCCCCGGCUGAGCCUCGGUUUCCUGGGCUCAGACAUUGGAAAAGGGGGUGCACCGCCCCCUGCCCACGUGAGGGCCCAUGUAGGGUUCGAUCCGAGGCAAGAUCCUUUCAACUCUGACAUCCAGACUCACAAGGAGCCAGGAAGAGGGAGAGGACGUGGCUCCUUAGUGGACAAAACCCCACUGGUGCCCCCGCCCCUCCCCUGACAAGGGGAACACUGGACUUCCUAUCCAUGGACAGCCCAGCAUCCCAGCUGCCCCCAGGCGCCCCCUCAUCCCUGCAGGCAGGCCCAGCCCAGGGCUGCUAUAAAGCUGGCCCAGCCUGGCCCUGAGCACGCCCAGCUGGGACCCUCCUGGAGCCUCCUCAGGGGCCACAUCCGCUCUGCUGCUCCUUCCAAGUGGCACCAUGAGGGCCCUGUGGCUGUGCUGGGCACUGUGGGCGCUGGCCCUGGCCCACCCCGGGGCGGCCGUGACCGAGGAGCAGAUCCUGGGCAGCCUGCUGCAGCAGCUGCAGCUCCGCGAGGUGCCCGCACUGGACCAGAGCGACGCAGAGCAGCUGGUCACCCCUGCCCACGUGCGGGCCCAGUACGUGGCCCUGCUGCAGCGCAGCCACGGUGCCCGAUCGCGAGGGAAGAGGUUCAGCCAGAACUUCCGAGAGGUGGCCGGCAGGUUCCUGGUGUCCGACGCCUCCACGCGCCUGCUGGUGCUCAGCAUGGAGCGGCGGCUGCCCCCCAACAGCGAGCUGGUGCAGGCCGUGCUGCGCCUCUUCCAGGAGCCGGUCCCCGAGGCCGCGCUGCGCAGGCACGAGCGGCUGUCCCCUCGCAGCGACCUGGCCCGGGUCACCAUCGAGUGGCUGCACGUCCGCGCCGAUGGCUCCAACCGCACCUCCCUCAUCGACUCCAGGCUGGUGUCCAUCCACGAGAGCGGCUGGAAGGCCUUCGACGUGACCGAGGCCGUGAACUUCUGGCAGCAGCUGAGCCGGCCCCAGGAGCCUCUGCUGCUGCAGGUGUCGGUGCAGCGGGAGCACCUGGGCCCGCUGGCCUCCAGCGCCCACAGGCUGGUCCGCUUUGCCUCCCAGGGGCCUUGGGAUGGCGCGCAGGACGAGCCCCAGCUGGAGCUGCACACCCUGGACCUCAGGGACUUCGGAGCUCAGGGCAACUGUGACCCCGAGGCCCCAGUGACCGAGGGCACCCGCUGCUGCCGCCAGGAGAUGUACAUUGACCUGCAGGGGAUGAAGUGGGCUGAGCACUGGGUGCUGGAGCCCCCGGGCUUCCUGGCCUAUGAGUGCGUGGGCACCUGCCAGCAGCCCCCGCAGGCCCUGACCUUCAAGUGGCCGUUCCUGGGGCCGAGGCAGUGCAUCGCCUCGGAGACCACCUCGCUGCCCAUGAUCGUCGGCAUCAAGGAGGGCGGCAGGCUCCGCGCCCAGGUGGUCAGCCUGCCCAACAUGCGGGUGCAGAAGUGCAGCUGCGCCUCGGACGGGUCGCCCGUGCCAAGGCGGCUGGAGCCGUAGGGCGCUGGGCACGGCCACCGCGGGGCUUGACGUGUGCGCUUCAGAAGUGUCCUGGGUACCAGGAGAGACGGGGGCUGCUGAUGGGCAGAUGCUCUGUGCUCUCUGCUGAGCUAGGAAUUCGCUUCCUCUGACCAGUCAGCUCACCUCCUAAUAUUCGCUCCCCAGGAACAAGACUCCCUGGGCACCGGGCAGCCCAUCCAGGUUUCUCUCUCCUUCCUAUUUGUCCGCUGCACUGUAUCUAAGCACUUACCCGUGUAGGUUCUGUAAUCUACGAGCGGAAACGCCCAUUGGCCAUUGUUGCCCUAUCCCAGGAGCUGGGCUGAGCUCUGGUAUGGGCUAGAGACCCAGCUGCCACUCAGAGCUUCAAACCGAGGCCCAAGUACGGGUUGUGCGUUCUCGUCUCAGGUACGGAGGGCAUUUUGCAAGAAAGAAAGAAAACGCAUUUUAUUCUGUGGUUUUAUAUUUUACCAAGAAGCCUGCCCAUUGUUGAGGAAACAGAACGUUCUAGAGCAGUGGUUCUCAACCUUCCUAAUGCCGCGACCCUUUCAUACAGUUCCUCAUGUUGUAGUGACCCCCAACCAUAACAUUAUUUCCAUUGCUGUUUCGUA